UUGUAAAGAGCUCCAGAUUGUUCAAAAUACCGCAUACGCGGUCAUAACAAUAGCAAACGACAGUGAAGUAGCUUCGUAAUCGGUUUAGACUCUUCGACAAUUUAAAUCUGAGAGUGAGCUUCACUCUAAUAACUUUGUUUACUUUCAACAACAGCACAACAACAAGUCUCAAUUGAGCCUCUCUCAAAAUGUCGUCUCACGGACAAGUUUGGACUACUGCCAUACGCGGGCUUGUAUUAUUUUUAGUACUUGGUUUGACGUUUGGCGUAGCCAUGGAAGGCAGCAACUCAACUAAACGUUCCUUUGAUGUCGACCAUGAUAAUGACACAUUUGUACUUGAUGGAAAACCUUUUCGAUACGUAGCAGGAUCAUUUCAUUAUUUUCGCGCACUUCCAAAAUCAUGGCAAAAUCGCUUGAGAACUAUGAGAGCUGCAGGACUUAAUGUGGUAGACACCUAUGUAGAAUGGUCUCUACACAAUCCACACGAUGGUAUUUAUGAUUGGAAAGGCAUAGCUGACUUGGAGGAUUUUAUUAAAUUAGCACAACAAGAAGAUCUUUAUGUUAUACUACGUCCAGGUCCGUAUAUCUGUGCUGAACGUGACAAUGGUGGUCUUCCACAUUGGUUAUUUACAAAGUAUAGCAAUAUGCAACCACGCACAAGCGAUCCAAAUUACUUGAAGGAAGUGGAGAUAUGGUAUAAGCAAUUAAUGCCGCGUAUGCAGCGCUUUUUAUAUGGUAACGGUGGGCCCAUAAUAAUGGUUCAGGUGGAGAAUGAAUAUGGGGUCUUUCAUGCAUGCGAUCGUGAUUAUUUGAAUUGGUUGCGUGAUGAAACCCAGAAAUAUGUAGAAGACAAUGCAUUACUUUUUACGACUGAUAUUCCUAACGAACGUAUUGCUUGCGGUAAAAUUGAAGGUGUUUUUGCUACCACAGAUUUUGGCAUUGACAGAAUUCAUGAAAUUGAUGAUAUAUGGAAAAUGUUGCGUGCCAUACAACCUACUGGACCGCUUGUCAAUUCUGAAUUUUAUCCUGGUUGGUUGACACAUUGGCAAGAGGAAAAUCAAAGACGUGAUGGUAAAUUAGUUGCAGAGGCAUUAGACAAAAUUCUUUCGUACAAUGCAAGUGUCAAUUUCUAUAUGUUCUUUGGUGGUACAAAUUUUGGUUUUACAGCUGGUGCAAAUGAUUGGGGCUAUGGAAAGUAUACACCUGACAUAACUUCAUAUGAUUAUGAUGCCGUUAUGGAUGAAGCUGGUGGUAUCACAGAGAAAUAUGAAUUAGUACGUAAUGUCAUAAAAGAAUAUAUGGAAGUACCUGAUAUUAAUGUAACAAUGGCUUCACGCAUUGCUUAUGGCUCUGUUAUAUUGAAGCCGAUAGCAACAGUGCUAUCUGGCAUGGGACGUUCAACUCUAACUAGAGGUAAAGCAAUAACUGCUGAAAAACCUCAAACAUUUGAGGAACUUGAUCUGUAUUCAGGUCUUGUUCUAUAUGAAACUGAACUACCAAGGUUGGAAAUUGAUCCCACUUUACUGACGGUUAAUGAUUUACGUGAUCGAGCAUUCGUUUAUGUCGACGAACAAUUUGUAGGCACUUUAUCUAGAGAAAAUCAAAUAUUUUCAUUACCAUUGAGCAAAGGUUGGGGUAAUAAAUUACAGCUCUUAGUGGAAAAUCAAGGUCGCAUUAAUUUUAAUGUUGCCAACGAUACUAAAGGCAUAAUGGGUGAUAUAACCGUACAACGUUUAAGUGGCGAGAAACAAAAACUUGUUAAUUGGGUCUCAACAGCAAUGCCUUUAGAUGGUGAUCAAAUUCUUGAUAUAAUAAAUAAGCACAAGAGCAUAGACAUGACUGAUGAUGUUUUAAAUAUCAAAUCCCAUGUGAUGUCAAAUGGACCUGUUGUUUAUUAUGGAGAAUUCUUGGUGGGUAAACUAGGUGAUACGUAUCUAAAUACAACAGGUUGGGGUAAAGGCGUUCUUUAUGUUAAUGGAUUUAAUUUGGGACGCUACUGGCCGCAAGCUGGUCCACAAAUCACUAUGUACGUGCCAAAGGAGCUUUUAACCUUAGGUCUUAAUAGUGUAGUUAUGUUAGAAUACCAACUCGCAAAUCAAAAAAUACCCAAUAUUGCAUCAGUGGAGUUAAUGAGUAAAGCACAAUUGGACGGUUAAAUACAAACGCAUAAUUUACUAUGAAAAUGGAAUAAAUAAUAAAAUUUUCAUAUAUUUAAUGAAACGAGACUAAUUCGGGCACAAAGUAAAUGUACUUUUAUAUGUAUCUGGCAAAUAAAAUUAAUUAUAACUGUA